CGUUCCUAUCGCUUCACUUGCUCCAUGUCAGCGUCCCCCGCCCCCUCGGGCGACAGAAUGGCCUCGACAUCUGCGUCGCCAUGGAAAGAGUACAAGAAUGCGGAAGGACGCUCCUACUGGUUCCACACCGAGGACAAGCACAGCGUCUGGGAGAAGCCAGACGAGCUCAAGACGCCCCGCGAGAGGGCUAUUGCGGCCACUCGAUGGAAGGAAUACAAGAGCGGCGAGAGGAGCUACUAUGUGCAUUCAGAUACCAAGGAGACGACUUGGUCGGUGCCAAAAGAGCUGCAAGACGCCUUCGACCGACUCGAGGGUAAGACUGCAUCGCCUGCACCAGGCCCACCUCCUGGUCCACCUCCUGUCGCUCCUGCUAGCAAGCUCAACGCCGUCGCCGGCGGACCUCCUCGUCCCAUCUACAGCGGGCCUCCUCCAGGCUUCGGCUCUUCGACACCUGGGUCCGCUCCUGGACCUCCGCCAGGUCCACCACCCAUUGCACCCGGCCAAGCACCUGUUCGACCACCUCCAGCUCAAACCCCUGCCCGACCCCCUGCCUCAGCUCCCACCGGUCCUGCGGCUGGCACUUCUGCUGGCCCUCCUAUCCCACUGGGACCCAACCUCGACGCUCCCUUCAACCCCUAUGAUGCUUUUAAGGGUCUUCUCCGCGACAAAGGCGUCGGCCUCGACUGGACAUGGGAGCAAACAAUGCGCGCAGUUGUCACAGAGCCACUCUACAAGGUGCUCAAGUCCAUCUCGGAGCGCAAGGCUGCCUUUGCCGAUUUUCAGGCCGAGCUGCGCAGACAGAGAGACGAAGCUGUAGCCGAGAAGAAGGCCCAAGUCAAGCCAACACUCGUGACAUUGCUCAGUGGCAGCGAGAAAUUAAAGGCGUACUCUUCGUGGGGCAGUGUGAUGAAGCAUCAUUCGCAGUCAAAAGAGGUCAAGGCGGCCAUCGAGGCAGUAGGCGAAGAAGCGAGCAAGACGAUUUGGGAGGAGGUCCGUAGGGAGAAGCAAAAGGCUGCGGAGGCAUCGACUGUCGAGCUUCGUCACCGCAACAUGGACCUGCUGAUGUCCCUGCUGCGCACCUUCGAAGCAGACGUCACUACUCGCUGGCGCGAUGCCCAACGCUCCGUCGUUGAGUCAUCUGAAUGGAAACAGGACUCUCAGCUGGCGAGCAUGGACAUGAGCGAUAUGCUUGCUGUCUUCGAUGAGUAUAUCAGGAGCAUCGAGAGGGAGGAAGGGGAGAGGAGAAACAGUGAAGACAAGGAGCGCAUCCGCACAGAGAGGAGGAACAGGGCUGCUUUCCGCGCUUUAAUGGCGCAGGGGGUAGACGAGGGCUGGGUGAAGGCGGGAAGCAGCUGGCCCGAGGUAUAUCACAGGGUCAAGGACGAUGCUCGCUACACAAACAUGUUGGGCCAACGCGGCUCUUCACCCCUCGACCUCUUCUUCGACGCUGUAGACUCCUGCGAGCAAAAGGUUGAGCUACGUACUGCCACUGUCGUGGAUCUGAUCAAGAUUGGCGAACCCAGCUGGAAAGGCGUCCCAGAGGAUGCGGAGUGGCCCUCAUUCCUCACUCAGGUCCAAAGUGGCUUGGCAGCAAGCGACAAGUCCGAGCACUGGGUCACCGCAGCUCGCGAAGACGUCGAGUUACGUUCCGUCUUCGAUCACUUGCGCGAGGAAGCCGCACGCAACAAGAGGCGACACGAGCGCAAAGUGCGGACUCUCAUUGAUGAUGCUAAAUACGGGCUCAAGAAGGACCUCGACGACGAGCUCUUCGCCCAAGCAGAGGAGCAGAUAGCGUACGAUGAGGUCAAAGAGCGGGUCGAGGCGCUGCGCAUCAAGGAGUGGAGGGCCAUUGAUGUUGAGCUCGGACGUGACGGCUGUAGCGAGCAGGAGAGGGAUGAGAUCAAGAGGAAGACGUGGGACAAGUUCUGUAGGAGACAGAAGGAGAAGGCAGAGGAACGUGCCGCUGCUGCUGCUGCGGCUGCUAGCAACAGUCGUAAGCGCAAGAGCGACGCGGCAUCUGGGCUGCUGACUGGAGAGGACGAGAAGCGCUCGAGGCGCAGGGAGGAUAGGGACUCGCGUCGUAGGGGCAGCGCUGGUGCUGAGCGUGGGGCAGGCGAGGAUAGAGAUAGAAGGCGAGCAGGAAGGGAUGAGGAAAUGACCGACCUUCCCGCCUCUUCGUCAUCGGGGAAAGACGGCUCGCCGGGCUACGGCUCCAAGAAGAAGAGGAGCGAAGGAGCUGCCUCGCCUCAGCCGCAAGCCUCGCGCCGGGCCGUCGUGUCGCAGAAUGCUGCUGAUGAUGGGGACAAAGAGGAGGGCGAGGUCUAACACCGCGGAAUGUGAAUGCUAUACAACACGCGUGGCAGACAAGGUCGAGAGAAUG